UUCUCUCGCAUCUCCUUCUUAACAAUCUAACCGCCUCGCAAGAAGGAAGCACCGCACCAGAGCUGUGAUAGAUUUCUCACUGAGACAACGCAUAUUUGCUCACAUUGCUUCCGAGCUCAUGGAAAUUUAAAUCCAGCAGUACCUAAUCAUCUGAUAAAGGUCCUGCCUGCAUUCCUUCCACUACUCCCUCAACUGCGUCACAUUGGGUAAUAAAAUGGGAAAGAAAAAGGGGAAGGGACAAGGAGGGCAGCCUGCGCCUGCAGGUCAGCCCGCGGCUGCUGAGCCCAAGCCAGAGCCACAGCCAGUUCCCGCGCCGCCAACCUCACCAGCAGCAGCAACCCCUGCAGUCACACCGACACCGAUCGCUUCGCCCCCGGCCACGCCGGUCGCUCAGCCUGUAGCCGCCCCCUCACCCAUUUCGCCGGCACCAGCCGCCCCCUCACCCAUUUCUCCGCCGCCAGCGACACCCUCUCCGGUGUCUGCCGCACCACCGACUCCUGAGUCGCCCAAAUCACCACUGCCGUUGUCUCCAGAGCUGAAGCCAGAGCAACCAAAGUCGAAGCCGCAAAUUCCUCCUAAGCCAUUCAUUCCUGCGCCUGCGUCGCCCAAGGCUGAACAGCCGAAGCAAGAAGAUAAGCCAAAAGAAGUCGCAAAGCCACCGCAGCAAGCUCCAGAGCCAAAGAAGGAGCCUGAACCCAAGCCGGAGCCUAAGAAACCUGAGCCACCGAAAAAGGCACCAGAGCCCAAGAAAGCUCCGGAACCAAAGAAACCACCCCCACCACCCCGGGAAGAAUCAAGAACGCCUACUCCAGAAGGCGAUUUCAGUCCUCUGUUUGGGGAUGUUUAUGAACCAACCCCACCAUUGAAGGCACCUAGCAAACCUGAACCAAAGCCAGCUGAGAAGCCUGCAGCACCUGGUCCAAAGCCUUCAGCACCUGAACCAAAGCCUGCAGCACCUGAACCAAAGCCUGCAGCACCUGAACCAAAGCCUUCAGCACCUGAACUAAAGCCUGCAGCACCUGCAGCACCACCAAAGCCAAUCACCCCUCCGACACCGACUGCAGUCACGUUUGAAGCGAUUGUUAGUCAACCUUCUGUUAUCGUGCCACCUGCAGAGAAGCCAGAAUCUCCUAAGCAGAACAAACCUGCAGAAGAGAAGCAACAAAAAGAAAGAAAGGUGUCAGAGUCUAAGCAAGAAUCUCCAAAAGCUCAAAAAGAGCGUAAGGUUUCAGAGUCAAAACAGGAUUCCCCGAAAGCGCAAAAGCAGCGAAAGGAGUCCGAAUCAAAACCAGAAUCACCCAAGGCUUCCAACGAACCCAAACCAGAGUCACCAAAGGCUACCAAGGAAUCAAAACCAGAGUCACCAAAGGCUCAAAAGGAAUCAAAACCAGAGUCACCAAAGGCUCCCAAGGAAUCAAAACCAGAGUCACCAAAGGCUCAAAAGGAAUCAAAACCAGAGUCACCAAAGGCUCAGAAGGAGCGUAAGGAAUCUGAAUCAAAACCUGAACCACAAAAGACUCAGAAGCCUGAGUCACCUAAAGGUCAAAAGGAACGCAAGGAAUCUGAAUCCAAGCCUGAAUCUCCAAAGACUCAGAAAGAAACUAAACCAGAGUCACCUAAAGCUCAAAAGGAACGCAAAGAAUCUGAAUCCAAGCCUGAACCUCAAAAGGCCCAAAAGGAUACAAAACCAGAGUCACCAAAGGCCCAAAAGGAACGUAAAGUAUCCGAGUCCAAGCAAGACUCUCCAAAAGGACAAAAGGAGCGCAAGGUUUCGGAAUCCAAACAGGAGCCGAAGAAGGAAGAAAAACCUCAGCCACCCAAGGAGGAGAAACCCGUUGAGAAGCCAGCUGAGGUGAAACCAGAGUCUCCAAAGGCAGAAAAGCCCCAAAAGGAUGCUCCAGCUCCCAAGAAUGAACAGAAGGGUAAGAAGGAAAGAAAGGAGUCAGAGUCCAAGGGCGAAGCUAAGCAGCAACAGAAAGAGCGAAAGGUUUCCGAAUCAAAGCAGGACAACAAAAAAGCUGAACCUGCUAAGAAACCUGAAGAGCCCAAAAAGGUAGAGGAACAGAAACAAGUAAUCAAACCAGAAGAGAAGAAGCCCGAGCCGAAGAAGGAAGAGCCCAAAAAGGAGGAAAAGAAGCCUGAAGAGAAGAAGCCCGAGCAAAAGAAAGAGGAGAAGAAACCUGAGCCAAAGAAGGAGGAAAAGAAGCCAGAACCAAAGAAGGAAGAAAAGAAACCCGAGCCUAAAAAGGAAGAGCCUAAGAAACCAGAGCCCAAGAAGGAGGAAAAGAAGGCUGAAACCAAGAAGGAGGAGCAGAAACCCGAACCUAAGAAGGAGGAGGAAAAGAAGUCUGAGGCUCCAAAAGAAGAAAAGAAGGCUGACGCACCGAAGCAGCAGCAGCAGCAGCAAAAGAAAAACGAAUCCAAGAAGGAGCAGAAGAAGUCCGUAAGUGAACCUGAAGCUCCAAAGAAGGCCGAACAGAAAAAAGAACAGAAGAAGUCAACAAGUGAAUCUGAAGCACCGAAAAAGGUGGAGGCAGCUAAACCUCAGGAGGAACCUAAAAAGCAAGAGCAACAACAAAAGAAAAAAGAUAAUAAGAAAGAACAGAAGAAGUCGGUAAGUGACGCUGUUGAAGAGAAAUCCGAAAAGGCAAAGACUGAGGAGCCAACAAAGGGAAAACAGCAGCCUGAGAAACCGAAGGAAGAGCCCAAGAAGGCCGCCCAGAAACCACAAGAGGCCAAGAAGCCCGAGCAACCAAAACCAGCCGAUGCCGAGGAAGGAUCAGAGGAAUCCGGGCCUGAAGAAUCUACCCCAGGUUCUUCAUCAAGCGCAGCCAAGAAGAAGAGAAGGAGGAGGAAGAAGAAGGCAAACGCUGCCGCCGCCGCUGCCCAGGUUGCCGCCGCAACCGGACAGCCAGCUCCUCAGCAACCUCAGCAGCAACAACCACAACAACAGAAACAGCCUCAGCAGCAGAAGCAGCAGCAGCCGCAACAAAAGCAGGAGCCAAAGAAGGACGCUCCCAAGGCUGAAGAGAAACCUGCCCCUCCGAAGGUCGAAAAGCCCGCGGCCCCUGCUCCAGUAGCUGCAGAACCUGCCCCGAGCAGCGAGGCGGGAGGAAAAAAGAAGAAUAAGAAGAAGAACAAGGGCGAGGGUGGUGCACAAGUGGCUGAAAAAAACGAUAAUUCGGGCCAAAAAAAAACUCCGUUUGAUUUCCGACAGCAGUCAACACUAACCCUGGAGCAAUCCGCACUAAUAGCACACCACCUGAGUAAUUGUUGCUGUGUUUGUAAGAAACCUUCCCAAGAUGGCGCCCUUUUAACUUGCACAUCCUGCCUCCUAGCGUGCUAUUGCACAAAAGAACAUCAGUUAGAACACUGGCCGUAUCACAGAGACUUUUGUACAUACGUCAAACAGAGGCUCGCCCUGACGAACCGAACAUUCCUGUUUUCUCCUCUGGAGCAAAUGGCUUCGGUCGAGGAGAGGAGCAUGUUCCGUCUCCAGGAACUGCAUGCUUGCCAGGAGUUCCUUCAAAGAGGGCUAACCCCUCUGGAGUCGGCUCUGAUCCUUCAGCCCAGGGUCUGCGCCACCUGUUGUAAGCCGGCUUUCGAGAAUACUUGCGAAAAAUGCCACCAGAUCAAUAUCUGCAGCGAGGAGCACAUGCCACCCAACCACCAAACCUGGUGCGAAACCCUCCACUGCAGACUGCUUUUCGUCCAAUCGCAAGCCGCCUUCGGUGUCCUCGCCAACACGACCCUGCCGAAGCCUCCGAAAGUCAUCUACCCUGAGGAAACCACCAUGAAAGCGUAUCUAGAGGAGUUACAGUUCCCCUGUCCAUCCGGUCUGUCGCCAGAGCUCUACAAUGCCCAUCUGUCCGAGCUGGCCACCUAUCCCCUGACUCUGCUGCACGCGUUGCAGCUGCUGUCUCGCCAAGGUGCCACCAACCCUACCGAGUACGAGCACCUCGUCGUCCACGUGGUGGGCGCCGAAGAGUCGUUCGAGUGCAGCCAGAUGCGCAAGUGGAAGUACUUCUUCAUCAACCUGCUGCCCAAACUGAAGACCCUGCACCUGGUCUUCAUCGGUUGCGAGCUCAGCAUCCACGACGAGAAGGUCCACGUGGACGGGCGGCUGGUUUUUGAGUACCACGCGAGGAUGACGUACGCCGACUACUGCCGCAAAUGCUACAUCAAGCCGAGCAUCGUGUGCGCCUUCAACUGCGGCCUGUACCGCAACACCGGCUUCCAGGGCGUCGACAGUUGGGGACCGUCCAUCGUGCCGAUGCUGGGAAAGGCGCCCGGAGUACCAUUGCUGCUGUCCGCGUACACAAGUCGAGAGGCCAACCUGGACGUGCAGCGCGUUUGGGAGCUGCUCGGCACCAGUCUGCACGUCAUCCAGCAGCCGAUGAAAAACCCCUUCGCCAGCAUUUUUCCGAACCACAAUCUGGUCAGCGAAUCUGAAUGUCCUGUUGCUUUCCGCAACUUCUUCAUGUCCAUUGUCAAGCAGAGCUAGCAACUAUUUGGCAAUCAAACAAUUUCUUGAUUCUAAAAAUUUUCCACACAAAGCUAGCUUCUUUUAUUUUCCUCUUCUCGGUGAAAUUAAUUAAUUUUCCAUUAUUUGUUUGCUCAAAGUCCGUGUUUUUUGGCAUUCCCAGUGGAAUCGAGGUCCAACUGAUGACUUAUUUUUCAAGGCUUAAAGAAGCCCCGAUCUUCUCUCUUCAUGUUGUGUGUGUACAAUUUUUCCAAUGAUCCUUUCCACAAGAUGUUGUCUAGUCAAGACAUGCCGAACGAAACACAUCGUAGCAACAGGACAUUCCAGAUUCGAUUCCUAGACCCCUAUAUAGACAUAAAAGAAACACACUAGCCCAACUCUCUGUGUAUGCGAGCGAGUCCAGAGUGCAAUUUUGCUCCAAAAAGUAGUGACGAUAAUCCCCUUUUUUGGUCAGUAAAGUGGUGUUAACAGAGAGAGUUUUCAAGUUUUUAACCAGUUUUCCCAUAUUUGCAACUAAUAAAAGUAACGCAGCGAGAGCAUUGUGUUUUCUGCAGCUAGUUUCAAUAAAGAAAAGUUUUAAAAAUAA